AUGAAUAAAUCAUAUACAUCGAUACAACAACAACAACAGCAACAACAAAAUAUUGAUGAUGAACAAAUUGAAAAAACAUUAAAUUUUUUCGAUGCAAUUCUUGAUCCAUACCUUCAUGAUGACGAUGAUAAUGAUGCAACAGAUAAGAAAUCUGAUUAUCAUAUUAUAUCCACAAAUAAUAGUACUACUCAACAAACAAAACAUGAUCACGAUGGUGAUACAUUAACUCAUACACAUGUCUCAGCUUCGGCUUAUUCUUCAUCAUCGAAACGUCCAACAUAUCUUCAAUUUCGAAAUAUUCAUCCUCGCUAUAGCCAAAUAUCAUCAGCUGUACCUACACAUCAUGUUCGUCGCUAUACAUCAGAAAAUAAUCUUAAUCACAUAGGUACGCCUUUAAAAUCAUCUACAGCUCUACAAAAAUCUUCUCGGCCAGAACCACUUCAAACUACUACAGCAUCAACAGAAGAUCUAUCAACAGUUCCAUCAUCACGAACAAAUUUUUCAUCACAAGCGCAUCUUCCUACUCUAGCAGAUAAAACUAAUGGUGCAAGUGCUAGUUUAAUUGAUUUAACUGCUAUCGAUAAAAUAUCGAGACCACGUUUUCGUUUUAUUCCACCAUCGAGUACAAAUAAUAUACUAAAAGAAGAAUCUGAAACUGAACAACAACAACAACAACAACAACAACGAGGAAAUCCAAAACUUGAUCAAUUUCAACCGAAACCUACACCAUCAAAUCAAUUAAAACAUUCUCAUAAAAUCUUUAAACCAACUGUUAUUAUUCCACCGAAACCAAAAUCUGCACCAAUUACUCGUUUAACUGAAACUAAUAUUCAUCAUCAAAAUAGUAAUAGUGCAUUUAAACCACCUCGAUCAAGUAAAAAUCCUACUUCAUCGAAACUUCAACAAGCAGCAGCAUCAUCAUCAAAUCUUAAACGAACUGAUGCAGUACAUAAAUCAAAUGUACAUGUUGGUUUAACUAAUUCAAAUAAUCAAUUAAUUAAUAAUGAUUUUUUAUUUCGUCAACAACAAAUAAUACCAAAUUUUCAUCAAUCAAUGUUAAAUCUUUCUUCAUCAGGAAUACAAGAAACAAGAAAUACGAAUAUGUUUGGACAACGUAUAAUAUAUCAACCAUCAUCAUCUAAUUUUAUAAGAUCACCACCUUAUGUUCCACAAUUAAAUAAAUUACACAGACAUUAUCAAUGUCCUCCUCCUCCGGCUCAUUUCGAUGAUUCAGUUUCUAGACGAAUUCAACAAGUUAAUCAUAGUAGUAAAGUAAAUGGACUAGUACAUCCGUCAUAUCGUCAACCGUUUAUUCAUGGAGGAGGAAAUCGAUGUCAACCACAAUCUUAUCCAUAUAAUCCUUAUAUUUCAACUGGUUCUGGUCUUUCAUCACCAAGAAAUAGUUAUGAUUAUCUUCAUCGUCAACAACCCUAUUUAAAUCCAGUAAAAGUACAUAAACAUCAUACACCACAAAAUCCAGCACCUGUUCAAUCUGUUUAUCUAUCUUCACUACCUACAUCAACACAUGAUAUGUUUUCAAUACCACCAUCUAAUAUUUAUCAUUUCAAUUCAAGUAAUUCUUCCGGAGGUGAACAAUCAAGACGUAAUCCAUAUCACCAAAAUUUUAAUGUGACAACUUAUCUUUAA